AUGCCUCGAGCAGUAUCCGACAAGCUCAUACAUCUCCAUUCUGCUGCUGCUCGACCAGGAGGAGCUUCUUCGGGCUCUACUGCGGGUCGCAACGGCAGCAGCAGUGCCAAGGACGGACGUGCUACCUCCAGUGGAGUCGCAUCCUCUUCCGCCGCCACUGGCAACGCAGGAAACCCCAUUUUCAACACAGAUCGAUUCGGUCAGCAUAUCCUCAAGAACCCACUGGUCGCGCAGCACAUCGUAGACAAGGCAGCCCUCAAGGCUACCGAUGUAGUGCUGGAAGUCGGACCGGGUACAGGAAACCUGACAGUCAGGAUUCUAGAAAAGGCAAAGAAGACGACAGUGGUGGAAAUGGAUCCACGCAUGGCUGCUGAACUACACAAGAGAGUCAAUGGUACUAGCGAGAGGAAGAAGCUGGAGAUUGUCCUAGGAGACUUCUGCAAAGUGGAUUUGCCGUACUUUGACGUGUGCAUCAGUAACACGCCCUACCAGAUCUCGUCGCCCCUCGUCUUCAAGCUGCUCUCCCAUCGGCCUCUACCCCGAGCCUGCAUCCUCAUGUUUCAACGAGAAUUCGCCCUACGUCUCCUAGCCAGGCCAGGCUCGGCCCUAUGGUGCAGGCUGAGCGCCAAUGUCCAGCUCUACUCCAAGGUGGACCACAUCAUGAAGGUGUCCAAGAACUCCUUUCGCCCACCACCGCAAGUGGAAUCCUCGGUGGUGCGCAUCGUCCCACUUAAUCCACCUCCAAACGUCGAAUUCGAGGAGUUCGACGGACUGAACCGCAUCGUCUUCAGCAGACGGAAUAGGAUGAUUAGAGCCUGCUUCGAGGCGAGGGGAGUCAAGGAGCUCAUGGACCGUAACUGGAAGACGGUAAUGAGUCAGCGGGGCGAGGUGAUCCCGCCGGAGACGACCAUUGCAACGAUCCUGAACAUCGUCUUGACAGAGGAUACCGACUACUCGGACAAGAGGGCGGCUCAGAUGGACGUGGAUGAUCUGCUGCGACUCUUGGCCGCUUUUCAUCGGAGAGGCGUGCACUUUGCGUAG